CACACACUUACUGUUCUCGACGCGUUUACGCUCUCCACCAUGGUAUUCCUUCCGCCUCCACCUACGACUCGCCCGUCUUAUGCAGAAGCCUACAAUACGAUACUCACUGCUCAUCGUUGCUCACCUCUCACUUCGGCGUCAUCAGUCAUUAUGCUCGUUGCCCCCGACGUCGACGCUCUAUGUGCCGCCCGUAUGCUCGCCACUCUCUUCAAACAGGACGAUGUGAUACACCGCAUAAUACCUGUCUCUGGAAUUUCAGAGCUUGAGAAGAGUAGGGAUGAACUCAUAACCUACCAAGAAUUGCAUUCUUUAAUUUUAAUCAACAUGGGAGGUAUCCUGGAUCUCCCCUCGGAAGAAUGGUUUGGAGACUUCCAGCUCAAGACAAAGGUCCAUGUCAUCGACUCCACUCGGCCUCAGAACUUGUCAAGUCUCUUUGGCGGCGGACCGAAUGGAGAGCGGAUCGUAAUCUGGGAUGACGGUGGUGUGGAGAAGCUGAAAGAAGAACAGAAAGCAUGGGAGGCUUUGGCAUACGAGCCGGAACCUGAUUCAGAUGAAGAAGAAUCGGAUUACGAUUCACCUGAAGAGGAACAAGAGACUGAGGAGACAGACUACGAAGAAACCGGGGCGAGGGGCAAACGGCGGUCAAUCGGUGACGGGGACCGUGUCGGGAAGAAGAGGCGAAGAGAUGAAGACCGUCCUCGGCGAAUGACACACGAUGAGCGCGACGAAUAUCUCACUCGACUAGAAAAACAUUAUAUGGCAGGAACAUGGCAUGGCCAGAGCGCGUCCGGCACAAUAUAUAUCCUCGCAACGGCUCUGGAACGCGUCGAUAACGAUCUUCUAUGGCUAUCUAUCCUCGGACUCACAUUUCAGUACACGACGGCGCGUAUAUCUCGAAUAUUUUACGAACGCUAUCAUUCAGUGUAUUACGACGAGGUGUUUCGGCUUAAUCCCCCUCCCCCAGAGGGAGAAAAAGCACUCAAAUCAUUAAAUCCUGACGAUCACAGCAUACGAACCACUGAGGAGUUGAGAUUCAUACUAUACCGCCACUGGAAUCUCUAUGAUGCCAUGUUCCACUCAAGCUACGUUGCAGGGAAACUCGGAAUAUGGAGAGAGAAGGGAAGGAAACGACUCACUGGACUUCUCGCCAAAAUGGGCUUCUCAAUACCGCAGACACAACAACCUUUUACCCACAUGGAUAUGGAUCUCAGACGCACUCUUGUGCAAAAGUUAAAUGAUGUUGCACCCGAGUACGGCCUUGUCGAACUAUCGUAUCCGUCCUUCAUGCGAUGCUUCGGUUAUCGUACACAACCUUUGUCCGCAGCUGAUGCAGUCGAGGGAAUCAGUGCACUUUUAGACGUCGCAGGUGGACUGCGAAUGGAGAUUGAAGUGGAAGGAGCUCGAAACGGUGGUGAGUGGUUUGGUGGUGGGAGAGUGUGGGAAGCCCCCCGCGCCGCCAACAGAUGGAAAAGAAAUGGAAAUGAAGAGCGUGAAAACAUUCCUCCUGGGGGCACGGCUGCAGAUGUAGGACUCAAGAGUAAACAAGAGCAUGGUCGGGAAUCACCCCUGACAGUGGUCCCGUGGUGGAUUCGGAACUUUUGGACAGCGUAUGAUGCUUUGACCGACAUUGGUCCGUUGUGCGAGUCUUUGAAGUUAUCAAUGUCCUUGCAUAGAACCAUCAUUGUUCGAGGCACCUCGAUCAUCGAUAAACAGGACAUCCGCACCAUGCGCAACCACCGUGUUGUCGUCAUGCAACAAGGACCGGACCUCCCUCUCUUCUCACAUCCAGGGGUGCUGUCCCGUCUAGCUUUAUGGCUCGUCGACGCCCUCCGGGACAAGGUUCCGGGAACGAAUGUUAGUUGCCGUACGAAACGGAAGAGUCUCCCGUUCGUUGUCGCUUGUUUGAAUGAAACAACUCAUUCAUACAUUGUUGUGGGAGUAAUGGCUGCUUUAGAUUUCGGGGAUGUACGCAAAAAUGAGUUUGGUCUCGCAUUUCUGGACGCAAAGGAAAGAUGCAACGCGCGUACACGACACAGUUCAUUUGACACGAGUGUUCUCGAGAUUAAUGAGGCAGACCUGAAGAUGUUUCUGGAAACAUUAUGCGAGGGUCCGGAUGGUUAUUGACCGAGGGCUGCUUAAUGUCCUGAGUAUAUCUUUUUGGGCUUGGGCUCCUGUUGUAUUU